UCGCAUAUGAACACCCAACUCUCUCUCGAUCGCGCUUCUGGUAUCAUCACCCAUCAUGCUGUCAAACGCACCACCGCGUCUCGCCUUGUGUAUGCGCUCCAACCCUCCAAUGUGAACUUCAGUCGCGACCUACCAUCGCAAGAUGAACCUGGCAAGCGGCCGCCUGCGCAUAUUUCGGGGGUAAAUGCCCUUACCAUCGACAGAUUCGAAGGCCGGUACUUACUAUCCGGCGGUGCGGACUCCUCAGUUGCGAUAUGGGACCUUGAAAGCCAGACAAGAAAUGCGGGCGGGUUCGAGACAUACGCGCCACUCACCGCCGUGCAGAAGACGACCGAAGAGCACAAAUUAGGCAUCACGCAGAUAUCGUUCUACCCGUUUGACAGUCUGGCGUUUCUCACCUCCUCGUAUGAUCACACCGUCAAGAUAUAUUCAAGCGAGACUCUCACGCCGUCUGCGUCGUUUGAUCUUGACUCUGUCGUCUACAACAUCGCUCUCUCGCCCAUUGCGUCUCACCUCCUCGUCGCCUGCGCAACACAAUCCCCCUCGGUGCGUCUAGUGGACUUGCGAUCUGGCGCUAGUACGCACUCACUCGCCGGCCACACAGGCGCGAUCUUAAGCACAGCGUGGAGCCCAGUCCGAGAGCACAUAGUAGCAAGCGGCGCUACUGAUGGGAGCGUGCGGUUCUGGGAUAUCCGUCGCAGCGUGGGUGAGCUGGGGGUCUUGGACCUGGAGGACUCCACUGGCAUCCCCAAUAUCAACGACAACCGUGCGGCACCGCAAUUCUCCCGUAACUCGUCGCAGGCGAAAGCACACAAGGGGCCCGUCAAUGGCAUAGUAUGGACAGAGGAUGGCCGACACAUGGUAACGUGCGGCCACGAUAACCGCAUCCGCGUGUGGAACACCGAAACCUGCGCCAACACACUCGCAAACUUCGGCCCCAUGGUGCGCAACUCGGGACUGGCGCCCUGCAUACCCAUUCUCGCCCCCGCGCAGAACCUCGAGAUUGAAAAAGACGUGCUCUUUUACCCGAACGAGCACGAGAUCUUGGGCUAUGAGAUGUUUGAAGGCAAGCUCUUCCGUCGCCUCCGUCGCCCCGAGCAGCAGAAACGCUCGUUCGAAAUCGCGGCGGAAGCUUCUGCUUCUUCUUCCUCCGCGGCUGCGAGAAGCAAAAAGUUGAAUGUGAAGGAUAGGAUCACGGCGCUGGCUUGGCGUGCGCAUGACGUGGAAAUGUAUUCCGCGCACGCUGAUGGGGGAAUCACAGCGUGGAAACCGCACACAGAAGAAGACGCUGAUCUGGACGAGGAAGAUCAGCGUGAGCGGGAGAUGAAGGAAGAAGGGAAGAAGAGAAAGAGAGGCGUGCUGGAUGAGAUCUAUGCCGGAUUGACCAAGAAACCCAUCACAUUCGGUGGCCUGUCAUAG